AAGACCACCAAAUGACGCCCUUCGGCGUCAGGACUCAGGCGCCACCAUCACUGACUCCCUGCAUCCAUCCUCCUAUCCGUUGUCAAUCUUUGGAAGUCAUUGCUCUCCUUGAGUUCACAUUUGAAUUCGCUGCAAUACCAGUCAACAACUCCAACUACAGUGGUUCUAUAUAUGGAGGGACUCCAUCUCCUUUCUACUCAAAUCGGAUAGAAGGAAAGAGAUAUGGGUAGGCCUCUGAUUCCGCUCUCCCUUGCAGUACUUGUGCUGGUGCUCUCUCUUGCACCCAGCUUGGCUCUUGCUCAAAUCCUCUUUCAGGGUUUUAAUUGGGAGACAUGGAAGCAAGAAGGGGGCUGGUAUAACUUUCUCAUGGGCCAAGUGUCUGAUAUAGCCAAUGCUGGGGUUACACACGUGUGGCUCCCUCCAUCGUCGGAGUCCUACACCGAUGGACCGCAAGGUUACUUGCCAGCGAGGCUGUAUGAUCUAGAUGAAUCGAAAUAUGGAAACAAGGAAGAACUGAAGUCACUGAUCAGUGCAUUUCAUGACAAAGGAAUCAAAUGCAUCGCCGACAUCGUCAUCAAUCAUCGAUGGGCAGACUAUAAAGAUUCAAGAGGCAUAAAUUGUAUCUUCGAAGGCGGGACGCCGGACAGCAGACUUGACUGGGGGCCGCACAUGAUUUGCAGCGACGACACCGAGUUCUCCGAUGGCACCGGCCACCGGGAUACCGGCCGCUCGUGGGGAGGGGCUCCUGACAUCGACCACCUCAACCCAACAGUCCAACGAGAGCUCUCAGACUGGAUGAAUUGGCUCAAGAGCGACGUCGGUUUCGAUGGAUGGCGUCUUGAUUUUGUUCUAGGAUACUCGGCGGACGUUGCCAAGAUAUAUGUAGAUCAAACAACACCAAGUAUUGUGGUUGCUGAGUACUGGAAUCCGCUAGUUAAUGGGACCGACGGCAAGCCAGCUUAUGAUCAAGAUGUCCGCCGUCAAGAGCUGGUUGAUUGGAUUCAAACAGUUGGCGGACCAGCAACAGCUUUCGACUUCCCCACCAAGCUCAUACUGAAUUUGGCAGUGCAAGGGGAGCUUGAUAGAAUGCGUGAUUCCAACGGGAAGGCGUCCGGUUUGAUUGGGUGGUUGCCGGAGAAGGCGGUGACAUUCAUCGACAAUCAUGAUACUGGUUCGACUCAGAGUUUGGCGCCUUUUCCUACUCCAAUGAUCAUGCAAGGCUACGUUUACAUUCUCACACACCCAGGGAUCCCCUGCAUUUUCUAUGAUCACUUGCUUACGAUGGGGAUGAAGGAGUCGAUCACUCAGGUGGCAGCAAUCCGGACUCGGAAUGGGAUUCAUCCAGGUAGCACUCUGCGCAUCAUGGUUGCCGAGAAGGAUCUCUAUAUUGCUGCAAUUGAUGAGAAGAUUAUUGCAAAGAUAGGACAAAGGGAUGGUUUCGACGGUAGCAUCAUUCCUUCAAACUUCAACCUCACUUUAUCUGGUGAACACUAUGCUAUAUGGGAGAAGAUGUGAUUAUGGUUAACAAAAGCCGGUGAAUGGGUAGUGAAAAGUAAAAGGGAAUAAAGGCCAAGAAUUACUUAUAUACUAAUCGGGGACUAUGAUAUUUGCGAAUAAUUUCGCUGGUGAUCCUCAUUCAUCCUAUACAUUUGCUCAACCAGUUUAUGGCUUUGUACUUGAAUAAAAGAUGAGCAACUUAAUAAAAUUUAUAUUUCUUGGUGAAAUA